UAAAACUAAUAAUUUUCCAUCGAAGAGUGAGGAAGCUGCCGUUGGGUAAAAAGAGAAAAUGGCAAAGAAAGCUUCGUCAAGGUCUAGAAACUCUGCUUCUGCUUCUGCUUCUGCUUCUGCUUCUGCUUCAACUCCAGCUUCUACCAACAGCUCCGUGACAACAACCAAAAGUCAAAUGGUGCUGAGGGUAAGAUCAACUGGGAAAGUAAAGGCAAGUGGAGUGAAGCAGAGCAAACCCACAUCAGGGAAGAAACUUAAGGCCACUUCCAAGAAGAAUAUUGCAAAAAUAGAUGCCAUGAAGCCUAAGAAACCUCCCACUGCUUUCUUUUAUUUCUUGGAGGACUUCCGUAAGGAAUUCCAGGAGCAAAAUCCAGAUGUCAAGUCAAUGCGAGAUGUUGGGAAAGCCUGUGGAGAGAAAUGGAAAACAAUGACAUAUGAGGAAAAAGUGCAUUAUUAUGAUAUAGCAACAGAGAAACGAAGAGAGUUUGAUAGAGCCAUGGCGGACUUUAACAAGAGAAAGGAAAGUGGAGAGUUUCAAGAGUUCGAAGAAGACUCGGAUUUUGAUGAAUAGUUCAGUCAUUUUUCAUAAUCUUCAGAUUUAGAUGUUUGUUAGGAAUAGUGUGUAUUUUGGCAUUGUUUCUGUACAUCCAACUUCUCAGUCUAUAGUCUCUCGGCUUUAUGACUUAAACACCUUGGGUGACUGAAAAGUCCUCCUUUUCCCAACUAAACUAGAAUCCACUUGAUGCUCAACUAUGGGUUCUCUAUGUACAAUCUUCUGUACAUUAGCCUUCCAAGGUGUGUUUUAUGUAACAACAAUGGGGAAAAUAGAUGUUCGCUGAAAUAUUCUUUGUGCAUAGUGCUGCACAUUUCAUUCUAGUGGAGCAAUCCUUUUCUUUGAGUGU